CAACAAAUCAAAUUUUAUAUUUCCAGGGAUAAAAUGUUGGUUCUGCAAUAGUAUGCUGGAUCCAUUCUGCAGCGAUCCAUUUGACAACUCCACUGCAAACCCCAAGGACUGUAGCUUGGAGGAAGACCUUCCCCACUUGCGUGGAAUCCCAGCUACCAUGUGUCGCAAGAUACGAAUGAAAGUGAAUGGUCAUUGGCGAUACAAAAGAGACUGUGCCCGGCUUGGAGAAGCUGGAGUGGGAGGUGAUGAACGUUACUGCAUCUAUCGCACAGGCACCUUCAAUAUUCACACUGAAUAUUGCACUUGCAAUGACAAGAAUGGCUGCAAUCCUGCACCUGUGAUUCAUCCCAACCCACCCUUAGUAGCACUUCUGGGCUUAUCUGGACUAGCUGGGUGCAGAUGGUGGCUGUAGAACAGAGGAGAGCAGCUGCUUUUCUCUCCUUAAUGUCUUACAUGCAGUUAUCUCCUUGUCACCUGUUGGUACCCUCUACAAAAUGGGAUUUAAAUCCUUAUUGUGGUGAUUUUUCCAUAUGAAUCAUAGUUGCAUUAGUAGAAGAGGGACUGGAAUAUGCUGAUUUACCAAACAUAACUCAGAAAUGGUCAUCAUAGUACAGUACAUGAGACCUUCUACUCAGCAUCUCAUAUGCUAAGUGAAUUUGGCACUUAGCAUUACCAGUUGAAUAACAAUUAGAUAAUUUGAAAUGCACUUCAUACAAGUUAAUGACAUCUAUGCAAGAAAUACUAUGAAUUUUUACAUAACAAUUAAUAUGCCAGAGAUUCCAAUGUAACCAAGGCCUGUCAAUUUAUUAUAAAUUUGAACAAGAUUUAAGGAUAGCCAGUCCUGCUGUG